GGUAGAAAAGGAAAAGCAAAACAGAAAAAGGAGAAGGUCGACGCAAAUCUGUAUCUGGUUUCUCUGGAGCAACAACCGACGUAGGAGCUACAAACCGAUCUUCUUGUCGCCGGCCGUCGACGUACUCAUUUUAUUCGCAAAAAGGCAAGUCAGUUACUCAACUGCUUCUUGUGAUCCUUAGAAUUCAGAAUGUCUACAAUGGGAGAUACGAGCAAGAGAUCUGUGAGAUGGGAUGAGGAAAAACUGUCAGAAAUCGAAGCAAACAAACCUGUAAGGCAGAAAAUUACCGAACCAAAGACUCCUUAUCAUCAUAUGGCGGAUGUUGAUGGAUCUUUGUCGCCUGUAAGGAAUCCUUGUUUCUCUGAAAGGGAUGAUGAUACUGUUCCCUCUGCAUUCAAUGAUAUAAUCUCUUCCAACAGUAACCAUAACUCACACCCCUCUGGCUGGACAUCAUCAGAGGAAGAAGCAGAUGUUAUGGAUGAAGACGAUGAAGGUCGGAGUUCAAGCUUCAAGGAACAGAGACGGGCACAUUAUGACGAAUUUCAUAAAGUAAGAGAACUCCGGCGAAAGGGAUCCAUGGACAGAUCAUCCAAUGAUGAGGAUGAGGAGAAAUCAAAUGGGGAAUCUGAUACACCAUCAUCGCUGGCUGUUGGUGUGGAAGAUAUCGACAUCACAGAUGUUGAAGGUGUACCCGAACUACCUAAACAUUCUUCAUCCUGAAUGAAUCAUUGGGCAUCUAAUCUAUGGCUGAAUUCACUAGUAAAUCCUAUCCCUGUUCUAAAUUCAAUCCUGACUUUGAAACUUUUGUUGUAAAAUGAUCUUAACUGUCUGCUAAACUUUUGGAUUUUUAGAACACCGUAAUUUCUUGAACCAGAGCCUCUGUUUUUGUUUUGGUUGUUUGUAGUUGGUUAUAUAAUGUAAUUUUGUUGAGUCUAUGUUUUAUGAGUAGCAUUUGUUUGUUU